AACAGGCAACCAGUCAUGGACGAUUCUCAUCAAUCCUCUCACAGGCAGGAGGCUGCUCAAUUCAGGGUUCAGCUGUGGGUGAACGGAAGAAAAAGAAGAUCAACCAACACAUUAAAAGAGAAAGAAAGAACUAUAAGUGAAAGAAAAAUCCAGACCCUCCAUUUUGUGUCGAGGGAAAAAAGCUUUUCUGGAGAACAUCGAGUGUACUUUGUCCUGAUUUACUUCUUUAUAUCAGAUACCAGUAACAAGACACCAGUCAUGGCCCAUUCUCUUCAUUAUGAUUUCAGGAACGAAGACUUGUACACCUCAGAGAAAGAACAACUAAAUCAAAUCAAAAGUAACAGCAGACAAAAAGGUGGAUUAAUCACAAGAUACAUCCUUAACACAAGUACUAUAGCUGAUGAUGAAAGACUGAAGAGAGUUGUUUUUAGGAAAAAGGACAACAGUAAGCCUCAUAAAACCAUAUUACUUGUUGGAGAAACAGGAGCAGGAAAGUCGACUCUCAUCAACGCCAUGGUCAACUACAUGCUGGGUGUUAAAAGUGAAGACAAAAUCUGGUGUGAGAUUAUAGAGACAACAGAAAAUCAAACUGGCUCUAAAACAAAUGUAGUAACAGUGUAUGAUGUCUUUACUGAACACAGCCCGUUCUCUCUGACCGUUAUCGACACGCCUGGAUUUGGAAGCACAGAAGGAAUAGAGAAGGAUGUAAAUAUUGCUGAAAGUUUACUUGAGUUAUUUAGACUUAAAGAUGGAGUUCAUGAAAUCGAUGCAGUGUGUCUUGUCGUGACAUCAGUCACCGUUCGUCUCACUGACCGACAGCAGUAUGUUUUUAAUGCUGUUCUCUCAUUAUUUGGCUAUGAUGUGGAGAAAAACAUUGUUGUGUUCAUCACACACGCCUCCAGAAAACCUAAUAAUGCCAUUAAAGCCAUCAAAGAAUCUAAAGUUCCAUGUGCUCGGACUGAUAAAGGAGAGCCGGUGUAUUUCAGGUUCGACAGCUUUCACUGUGAAGACCUGAAUGAUGAGGAAACUUUAGAGGAUUAUGAAGCAUCAUGGACUCUGUUACACAAAGCAAUGGGGAGCUUUCUGACCUUUCUGAAUGAAAUUAAACCCAUAAGCACAAAGAUGACUGAAGCAGUGCUGAGAAACCGCAAACGACUCACAGCAUCCAUCUUCAAUAUGAAGGAUCAAAUCACACUGGCAGAGCUAAAGCAAGAAGAACUUAAGCAAAUAAAAGAGGCUUUAGAGCAACUUGAGAAAAAUAGAUCAUCUGUGGAUGACUUUCAAAUUGAGGUGGACGAGGCUUACAAAGAAAAGGUGCAGAUAGAAUAUCAGUGGUGGCACUUUGGGUGGAAAGAGGCAACUUGCUGUACAGUGUGUGAGGAGAACUGUCAUUUCCCAGGAUGCUGGUGGGUCAAAGAUCUUUCCUGGUGUAGCGUCAUGCAGGAGAAGAAAUGCACAGUGUGUACGAGAAGAUGUCACUACACUAAACAUGUUAAAGAAAGGAAAAUGUAUGUAAUGAAGACGAGGAAGGUCAAGAAGACUAAUGAAGAUCUGAAAAGGAAAUACGACACAGAGGCUGGAGAUAAAAAGAGCUUGAUAAUUAGACUGGAGAAUGAAAUAACAGAAAUAGAAAAAGAAAAGGUCAGACUGGUGGAAGAGUGUUAUCAGUGUGUUGUUUUGCUCGAGGGGAUCGCCUUAGCAUCUGACUCUGUGUAUACACUGCAGUAUUUGGACUUUUUGAUUCAAAAAGUCAAAGAAACAGGAGGCACAGACCGAGUGAGGAAACUGGAAAACAUGAAACAAAGAGCUGAUGAAAAACACUUGGCGCAGUUAAUACGACUGUUUAAUUCAGUGCUACACAAAUAAAUGGCUUAACAUACAAGAGAAAAUCAUAUGUAAUCACUGUACAUAAAUACUCACUCAAUUACUCAUCACUCUCUAUAUCCCAGAAGACUUAGAGCACACACACAUUCACACACUACAGGCAAUUUAGGGAAUGUGAAUCAGCCUAACAUGCAUUUCUUUGGACUGUGGGAGGAAACUGGAGUAGCCGGAGGAAACCCACCAAGCACGGGAAGAACAUGCAAACUCCAUGUACACAGAGACCGGAAUCAAACCUGGCCGGGAAUUGAACCCGGACCCUGGAGGUGCAAAAUGUGAAUGCUAACCACUAAACUAAUGUGCUGCCUACAGUACAUUAAUACUAAAGACAUCAAAAUUGUAAAAGAACACAUAUGGAGUUUUGUAAUUUGCAAAAAAGUGUUAAACAACAGAAUAUGUUUUAGAUUAUCAAAAGUAGCUAUCUUUUGUUUUGAUGACAUCUUGGCACACGCAUGCAUUCUCUCGUCAAGUUCAUGAUGUAGUCAUCAGUAAUGAUUUUCAACUCGCAGUUGCCUUUCAAGAGUUAAUCUGUGACAUUUCUUUCUUUCCUAAUGUGCUUUAGACCAUAAUUUGUCUCGUGCAGAAGAAGAAUGUAUACGAGUCAAUAUUCCUGUUAGUACUCGGUUAAGUAAAGAAAAAAAGACAGCCCGGAAACAUCCAGUAAAGAAAUGAAGGUCAGUCCGAAAAAUGUCAAAGGACUUUAAAUUUAUUCCACAGUGUAGUCGUCAAAACCAUCAAAUAUAACUGUAGCUCUGAUGCGGACCGACCCAGGAAAGGAAGGCCAAGAUCUACCUCUGCUGCAGAGGAUCAGUUUAUUAAAAUAUUCAGCCUCAGAAACCACCAAUUUACAGCACUUCAGAUUCGAGAUAAAUGUUUGUUACUUGUAAUGUAAAUGUUUCUUGGAGUUCAAGCAACAGACGUAUUUCAACAUCAUCUGUUCAGAGGAGACUUCAUGAGUCAGGCCUUCAUGGUCGAAUUGCAAAAAAGAAAUCAUUACUUCAGAGGAACAAUGUGUAGACGAGACUUACUUGGGCCAAGAAACCCAAGGAAUGGACAUUAGAUCAUUGGAAAACUGUCCUUUGGUCUGAUGAGUCCUAAUUUGAGAUUUUUGGUUUUAACCUCCAUGUGUUUGUUAGAUGUAGACAGGCUGAACAGACAGUUCCUGAAUGUGUGGUUCCCACUGUUAGUCUUUUAUUUCUCUAUAUAAUCCUCUGCUACAAUAAUAAAUCAAUUACCUUUUUAAAUCAGCGUUGUUCAUUUUACAUAAUUCUACCAAUGUCUGUUUAUUAAAGUAUGAGAUAAAGUGUUUUCACUGGAGUGAGGCAUUUCAUCUAGAAUAGGUUACAUAUUUAGUAUGCUGAUGAACAUCAUCAUGAAGGACAGCUUUUCAGACAUCAACAACUUCACCAGGUGACUUUCUUCACUGAGAAAGUACACUCAGUCAUGGGUGUGGAAAGGAAAAUUUCAUCUGCGUCCUCAUCAGUCCUGGUCAAGAAAAAGAUCUGUGUGAUGCAUUGAUUGGCCUCGCCUCAGACCUGCACAGCUGAAACUCCAUUUUUGUCUUAGAUAUAUCUUAAAUUUACUUUCACAAUCUACAGACUAUUUAUGUAUAUAUACCUUUUGAAAUAGAUUAUUUUUAAUAUCAGUGUUGUAACAGCUUACAAUGACAAGCCAUUAUUAACAUGGUCUCAGCGUGAAAACACUUUGCUGUUCAUUAUUAUUAUUAUUAUUAUUAUUAUUAUUAUUAUUAUACAGCACAGUUCGACUUAUGAUUGUGGUAGUUCAGCAUCAUGUCCUUUACACAGUUGUGUUUGUUUUUCCCAUUCUUUUUUUUUUUUUUUAUAAAUUAUUAUAAUAAAAACAAUAAGACUACCAAUUUAAAGUAAUUUCCAAAUUAUCACUGAAAUGCAAAAUUUAUCUCCAGAAAAUGUUACUUUUUUUUUUUUGAUUAUUGUAAUGUAGUGUUCUUUUUGUUAAGGCAAAGUUUAACUUACCAUCUGUAUUUUCAUUUAUUCUGAACAACAUUCUGCUAAAAAGUUUUUGUUUUUUUUCUAGAAAUAAAAUCUUUCAAAUCUUAGUUUAGUCGGUUUGUUC